AUGGUUGCCGACACUCUUAUCUACCACCCUACACUUUCAAAAUUCAUCAAGUUUAUAGAUAGUACCCCUAAGCGUGAGAAAUGUUUCCGUUUGGUGGCAUAUCUUUCUCGCUUCUUAUCAUACUACUUACAGAGACAGGGCUUCCCCUUGGAGCUUGUGAAGAAGUUCGCGGACUUGAAACAGCACGCCACAUUCAUCCGUAAGGGUUUGCGUUUCUUGAAGCCAUUGAACCAUUUACAGGCUGCCUCCAAGGCCUACGACGAUAAGGUGGGUGACUGUGUCUUGAACACUACCACGGUCAUCAAGAACUUGGCCUUGGCCGGAUACUUGACCUUGGACUCCAUUUCUUGGUUCAAGAUGAUGGGCCUCAUAGACAGCAAGAAGUACAAGCUGGUUCCAGUGUGGUCCGCCCGGUUCUGGUUGACUGCUUUGGUCGCCGGUGUGUUUAACUCCGUCCGUACCUACAGAAUCAACACUGCCAAAUUGGCCGACAGCGAAAAGACCGACGCAAACGUUUUGCACAAGAAGAUCUUCGACGCCAAGCGCAAGUUGGUCUGGGACGGCUUGGACAUCUUCAUCUGUCUCAACCUCUUGAACUACUUGCACUUCUCUGAAGGUGACAUUGGCUUUGCAGGAACAAUUACCUCUAUCAUGGGCUUACGUGACUUAUGGAAUGCUACCCCAGUGUAA